GGUUUUUGUAGAAUUUUUGUAAAAUAAUCGUGAUUUGCAAAAAUAAGAAAAUCAUCCAAAAAUAAAGUUUUAAUUAAAUUAAGCAUUAAAUAGAAUGGCUACAUUAGGACAAGUUAAUCAAUUGUUUAAAGAGCUUAAAGUAGAGUUCGGGAAGGCUACUCGUGACUUGAAAAAGUGUGGAACUUUGUUGGAACAACUUAAAAUAAGUCUCAUUCAAAUCUCUUAUAUGCCGACAACAGACUCGCAAGCAUCUCAACAGGAAUUGAUUGUUGCCCGUGAUACACUCGAAAUCGGUGCUGAACAUAGUGUGAUGGUUAAAAAUAUCCAGUCAUUCGAGCGAUACAUUUCUCAACUUAAAUGCUAUUAUUAUGACUACAAAAACAUGAUCCCAGAAUCACCAAACAAGUAUAAGCUGCUUGGAUUAAAUCUCCUCUAUUUGCUGUCUCAAAAUCGUGUUGCUGAAUUCCAUACUGAGCUUGAACUACUUCCAUGCGAAAUAAUCCAGUCAAAUAAGUUCAUUAAACAUCCAUUGUCAUUAGAACAAUGCUUAAUGGAAGGUAGAUACAAUAAGUUAUUCAAGGCAAAGGAUGAUUCACCAGCUGAUUGUUUCAAUCUGUUCAUCGACAUUCUUCUUGAUACCGUACGAAAUGAAAUUGGAGCAUGUCUUGAACGAGCAUAUGAGAAAGUAUCAAUCCAGGAAGCCGGCAAACGUCUCAACUUAUCAUCCAAGGACGACAUCACUAGUUUUGCUAAGAAACGCAAUUGGACUCUCGGAAUGGAUGGACUUUAUCACUUUGUAAGUCAAGAAGGACCUAAAGUAAAGGAGCCGAUUCCAUCUGUUGAAUUAGCUGAAAUGGCAAUCACUUAUGCUCGGGAAUUAGAGAUGAUUGUCUAGUGCUGCUGCACAUUUAUACGCAAAUAUUAUUAUUUUGGAUGAUAAUUCAUAUGAAAUUUAUAAAGAAUAAAGAAAAGAGUACUG